GCAUUUCUACUGCAACUUAUUAGAAAAUUAGCUCAAUUAAUCCGAAAAGAAUGGCCGAUUUCGAUUGGAACGAUCACCACCGGCAGCAGGUCCUGCAGGGCAGACAAAUAUUGGAGCGAACGUCCGCUAGUCUGGCCCGUUCGAAUCAGAUUGCCAUCGAGACAGAACAUACGGGACACGAAGUAAUAAACGAGCUUGAAGUGCAGCGAGAAUCUCUUCUACGCAGUCAGCGCCGGCUGGAGAACGCCAACGACGAUCUUAGCCGAUCGGGUGCCAUCAUCCGGGCAAUGAAGCGGAACGUGUUGUACAAUAAGCUUAUUUUAAUUAUGAUCAUCGUAAUGGAGGUCGUUAUUCUCGCGGGUAUGAUCGCUUUAAAGUUCAUGUAG